AUGUCUUCGCCAUCGCCGCCAAAGCCAUGGGAGACGAGCGCCGGCGCGACAAGUGCAUCGGUUGGUCUCACAGGAUCAAACACCAGCACAGCAUCCACAACCGCCACAUCGCCAACUUCUUCGACCGCUCCUCCACUGCCAUCGGUACCCGACUCGCUUAGCACCGUCGCGAACCGCAACGCGACCGCCUACUCCGGCAUGAACAACCGAUACACCUCACUUUACGGCACAGGCUAUGGAGGCAUGAGCAGCUACAACUCACCAUAUUCCACCAUGGGCGGCGCGUAUGGCUCCAUGUACGGUGGCAUGGGCGGUAUGGGAGGCAUGUACGGCGGCAUGGGAGGAAUGUAUGGCGGCAUGUACGGAGGCAUGGGCGGCAUGCCGGGCGACCCAAACAGCAGCCUUACACAGUCCUUCAGCCAGAGCACAGCAGCGACAUUCCAGCUCAUCGAAAACAUUGUUGGCGCCUUCGGUGGCUUCGCGCAAAUGCUCCAAAGCACAUACAUGGCGACUCACUCGUCAUUCUUUGCCAUGGUAUCCGUUGCCGAGCAGUUCGGAAAUCUGCGACAAACACUCGGUUCGGUUUUGGGCAUAUAUACCGUCAUGCGGUGGAUAAGAACCGCUAUCGCAAAACUUACCGGACGACCCUUACCAGCCGACGCGACCGCAUUGACUCCCGCGAGCUUCGCAGCCUUUAACGGCCGCAUGCCAGAUGGCUCACCAGCACCCGCAAAGCCAUCAAAGAAGCCUUUCAUCGUGUUCAUGCUCGCCGUAUUUGGUCUGCCAUACCUAAUGGGCAAGCUCAUCAAGGCCCUUGCCCGAUCACAAGAAGCCGAGGAGCAACGAAAAAUGCUCGAGAACCCACACUCGGCACAACCGCUCGAUCCCAACAAGCUCGAGUUCUGCCGUGCAUUGUACGACUUCACCCCCAAUGCCAAUAUGCAGGGUAUGGAUCUCUCCGUGAAGAAGGGAGAUAUGGUUGCCGUCCUCAGCAAGAGUGAUCCCAUGGGCAAUGCAUCAGAGUGGUGGAAAUGCCGGUCAAGAGACGGUCGCGUGGGUUAUCUUCCCGGCAUCUACCUCGAAACUAUUCAGCGAAAGACACCCGCUCAGAUCACCAGUGGAAGCCAGGUCGGAAGCCCGGCUGGAAGCAGAACCCAGACAAUGACCAGCAGCAGUGCUACAAGUGGAACUGCUACUAUGAUCGAGUCGAGCAUGGGGAAUAAGGCUGGACCAAAGAUUGACAGCAAAGCAGGAGAUAUGGGUGUUGAGAGUUUCCAGAAGGGUGCAUUCUACUCGUAA